UUGUUGAUACUUAUGGAGCAAACAUUAGUACAAAUCACUUUAAACGUUAUUAUUGUUUAAUAUUUAGCACUUACGUUACAUUAAGGCAAGAUUAUCUCUAUAUUUGAUAUUUUUUACGCAAGAGACAACCCUCUGAGUCCUGCUUUUUGUUUGUGGUUUAACAAAACCCGGAUUAGUUGAUAUGUCCCGGAUUGAGCUAGCUCGAUAAUUGAUGGGGAGGAUUGUCGGUUCUUCCAACACAUAUCUCGGAUUUAAGUAUGUAGUUCAUUUAAACCAGACAGUUGCUUAUUAAGACAAUUGAGCGUUCGUGUGAGGAGUCAAAAGUUCGCCUAACCUAACACAAAAACAGUGAUAACUUUAAUGAUGGCCAAACAGCGUGCGGCUUAUUUCAGCACUGCUGAACUACAGCUUAUAAUGGAAGGAUAUGAUGAAGUAAGACAUUUAAUAAAAACCAAAGGGAACACUGUAGCGGCCGCAAAAGUCCGACAGGAUGCCUGGCGCAAAAUAGCUGCCAAGUUAAAUGCAUCCAACCCUAUGGGACCUAAAAGGACGUGGCUGCAAGUGAAGGUGAAAUACAAGAACAUCCUUCAAGGUGUCAACAAGAGAAGGGCUGCAAUGAAAAAGACGGAGAAGAUUAUACUCCCAACAAAAGAGGAGGACACACCUGUAGAAGAGCUGGUCCCUGAGAGUGAUGUGGAGGGCCCUGUCAUUAAGAGUAUUGUUGGGAGCUGCUGCUCUGAUCCAGGAGAUGUGGCUUGCUGCAGCACUUAUGUCAAAGUGACUGAACAUGGAUUGACCCUGCUUCAGCCACCUAUAUUAUCAGAGGAAGAGGAGGACUCCGAACCUGUGGAAGAUGUUAAGACCCUGUAUAAGAAGUAUCUCCAAGCAGAGAUCUCCAACAGGAGGCAAGAAAUGGCAUACAGGGCCUUAAAAAUGCGGAAAGUAGAGAAGGAGAUAGAGUUGUUGGACAAAAAAUUGGCAGUAAGUGUGACAUUUUGAAUUGACAUAUAGAAUAGAAUGUUAAUAUUGCCACACGGCUAGGCCGGUGGAAAUUAUUUGUCUGAAAAUACAAUAGUAAGUGUGAAUCUUUUUUUUUUAAUACAGGCUGAUCCUUGACGUGUAUUAAAAAUGUUUUUUUAUAAACCUGCUGUGUUUUUGGCCAUGUUUAAAAAGUUGCAACAUUAAUGCUUCUAGAAGUAUUUUAUUGAUAUACUUGACGUAGCCUCUGUCAUCAAACAGAAUGCUGUCAUAAUGGAUAUGACUUUUCACCUUGCUGAAAUCUCUGGGAUAUAGUUGACUUCUUUAAUAUUUUCGAGUCAUGCACUGACCCUGGCCCCCAGCACUGCACAAUCUCAUACAUCUAAUUCUACUCAUCUGCAUGCUGCAUGACCUGAAUUAGGCGUGUCAAAUAUGGAAGACUCCUAAAAUGUGCAGAGCUGGGGGGACUUCAGAACCUGGAUUGUGAAACACUGCAUAGACAACAAUAGCCUGUUUGGCCUCAAACUGAAGGAGUACUGGCAUUCAUGCAUUUUCAAAUUGCAGGAUAAAGAAAGUUGGCAUCUGCAUAUUUAAGAUUUUCUUUCAGUUGCUUACAAAAUAAAACCCAUUAUAAUAGCCAAACAUUCUAUUAUUAUUUUUUUAAUUGUAAACUUUAGAUUAUUUUAAAUUAUAUUCAGUAGGGUGCCACCAUGAGAAUGAAGCAGCCGUGUCUGUGACAGACUUUCUAUUUUUUAUCUGCCACUUAUAAAGCUGUGAUCUAAUCCUGUUUAUGAUAAAUAAACCAGAGUAGGUUUGAAUUUGAAGACCUGUUUUUUUACAUCCAUUCCGCGAUGAACUUUGAGUUAGUAAUUCAUGUGAUGAGAGAGGUCAAAGGAGAAUGGCCAGACUGGUUUGAGCUGACAGAAAGGCUACAGUAACUCAGAUAACCACUCUGUACUAUUGUAGUGAGCAGAAUAGCAUGAGCAUCCCAAAAUGCACAACAUAUUGAACAUAGAGACAGAUGGGCUACAACAGCUGAAGACCACGUUGGGAACUUUAUUAGGUCCUAGUGUUCCUAAUAAAGUGCUCAAUGAGUGUAUUUUGUGAUAUCAUGAAUGAUGACAAAUGAAUUUGAAGCGAUAUUACACCAUGACUAUCAUGACUGUUCUCACAUCGAAGUGCCCUUCGAAGGCUGAUUUAGCCCAUUUGGAACGCAGGGUUAAACUUGUUCUGGGAGCCAGCCUAAUAAAAAGAAUGUGUAAUAAGUGCAAAACACAGGUGUCAAAUUUGUGCAUUUGGCCUUUUGGAGAAGAAAUAAUAAAGGACUGGA